CAGUGACAGGUUGUGUAGCGACUGGCGAAAACAGCUGAUCUUUUUGCAUAUAUAGUAAAUAAAUUAAUGGGAUAUCUUUCUGUUAGUGUCGAUUAUACAGUUGCAUUUAGAUGAAAAAUAUAUAGUGGUUCAAAUUCCUUGUUACAAAAAGAAAAAUGGACAGGCCCAUUGCUACUGAUGUUGUCAUUAUUGCUGGAAACUCUCAUCCAGAACUAGCUAAUUUGAUUGCUGAUCGGCUUGGUGUUAAAAAUGGAGGAUGCGCCGUGUAUUAUAAGACAAAUAGAGAAACUAUGGUUGAGAUUGGGGACUCCGUUCGAGGCAAAGACAUAUACAUUAUACAAACAGGCACAAAAGACGUAAAUAAUAACAUAAUGGAGCUGCUCAUAAUGGCCUAUGCAUGUAAAACUUCAUCGGCUAAGAGCAUUGUUGGUGUUAUCCCAUAUCUGCCCUAUUCAAAACAGUGCAAAAUGCGUAAACGAGGAUGCAUUGUAUCAAAACUUUUGGCCAAAAUGAUGUGCAAAAGUGGUUUGACACAUCUCAUUACCAUGGAUCUGCAUCAGAAAGAAAUUCAAGGUUUCUUUGACUGCCCGGUUGAUAAUUUGAGAGCUAGUCCUUUCUUACUUCAAUAUAUUCAGGAAUCGAUUCCCGACUUUCGUAACUCGGUGAUAGUAGCUCGCAAUCCAGGCAGCGCAAAAAAAGCAACGAGCUACGCCGAGCGUCUUCGCCUGGGAAUAGCUGUUAUUCAUGGGGAACAACGUGAAAGCGAGUCUGACAUGAACGACGGUCGUUACUCGCCUCCAACGUUGUCCUCGCUAAGGACGAUGCAAGUUGGAGUGGGAGUACCUGUGCAUCCAGCUAAGGAAAAGCCUCCGAUCAAUGUUGUUGGUGAUGUCGGUGGCCGUAUUGCCAUUAUGGUAGAUGAUAUGGUCGACGACGUACAGUCGUUUGUUGCUGCUGCCGAGGUGCUUAAGGAAAGAGGUGCUUAUAAAAUUUAUGUAUUAGCUACACAUGGAUUGUUGAGCUCCGAUGCUCCGAGACUUAUCGAGGAGUCUCCAAUUGACGAGGUUGUAGUUACUAAUACAAUUCCACACGAGUUGCAAAAAAUGCAAUGUCAUAAAAUAAAAACUGUGGAUAUUAGUAUUCUGCUGGCAGAAGCUAUAAGACGUAUACAUAACAAAGAAUCGAUGUCCUAUCUCUUUAAAAACGUAACCUUGGAGGAUUAAAUUACGUUGAUAUUGGAAAAUCGUAAAUCGUUCGUCGAUACUUGUAUACAUGUACAUCACACGAGUCGUUAGCGCGUCCACUGUACCACACACAAACAUAAAAAAAGAAAGAGAAAAAAUUCUAUUUACAUACACGUUCAUAUAUAUCGUAUAUUUAACACAGAGCACGAUUCUAAUUACCUAAUUUUUUAUGGUAUUUUUAUAUGUAUAUGAUCUCGAUAAUGGGAAACAACCGCGUAGAGGAAAAAUGAUGGGUCGAGUAAUUGAUAAAAAAAUGAGUACUUCCAUUCCGUGUGGUAGCGGUUUUACAAUCAUUGUUAUAUUUAUAAUUUACAGCAUUUUUAUUUCGAAUCAAUAUAUUACUACAUUUUUAAAUACUAUACGUAAUUCUACAAUUAUAUUAGCUGCUUCAAUCAAACUUUUUAAUUAUUUUUGUUUCUACUAUAAAACACAAUUUUUUUUGUAUUAUCAGUUUUUAUUUCUAUAAUUACCUUUAUAUAGGUAUAAUAAUCAUUUGUUUCAUGAAUUUUGAUGUUAUAUCAGCGUAUAAUCGCAAAUGGCGAUUGAAUGUAAUCAAAUAGUGAUGAUCGCAUUAAUGUGAAACUUGAAUAAAACUUCAUGCUGCAUGAUUUCCGUUCGAAAUUUUCCACAAUUCACGAUUUCGUCGCUUAUCGCAACAUUAUUAUUCUUUACGUCACGUCA